CUUCUUUGUCAACUGCGGCGCCUGCGUGACUAAAACAAAAAAACAAAUAUUGUGUUGCGUUUUGCGAGUUGGUGCGAGAGGCGGUGUUUGAGAGAAUUGCCACUUGUCUAUGUUAUUGCAGAACAAGCUUAGCUCGGUGAUAAGUGCUGUUUAGUCCAAAAAUCGUUGUUUACAUUAGGGCCUCACCAUGCCCGAGUACCACUACGACCAGCUGGGAACGGUGGCCGAGCUGUACCCGCUGCACAAGGCAGUGCUGACGUUCCAGCUGAACGGACGCGGCCCCGAGCAGCGCGCCCUCCUCUGGGGACGCCGGUUCGUCUGCCCCAACGGCCUGCCGCUGGCCGAAGACGAGUCCAUUGAUGACGUGCUCUGCAUCAACGACCAGGUACUCUUUGACUGUCAUAUAUACGACAACGAAAACAACCAGGACCGGUGUGGCUGGUACGUGGCGCGCGCCGAGUCGGCGCGCCGGCCCGAGCAGCUGAGCUCGGUGGUCUCCAACGCCAUGGGCACGGUGGUGGAGGUGGGCCCGCGGCGGGCGUUCGUCGAGUUCCGCCAGCCGGGCCGCGUCGAGCUGCAGCGCGCCGUGUUCGUGGCGGCGCGCUUCUUUGACCACGGCGGCCGGCUGCCGGCCGGCACCAGCCUGCGCAGCUGCGUGUACGAGGACCAGAAGCUGCACCUGGACGCGCAGCACCGGCCCGGCCAGCUGCAGGGCGCCUCCUGGUACGCGUGGCUGGCGUGGCGCGGCCAGCGGCCCGAGGUGGAGCUGGACCGCGAGCCGCCGGCCGAGGUGCUGGCCGGGGAGGAGGAGCCGCCCACCCAGCGGCCCACCGCCACGCUGGCCGACAACCUGCUGCCGGCGCUCAGCUCGGCAGAGAGCCGCGCACAGGCGCAGCGCCGACACCAGGACAAGUGGGGGUACGUGUCGUCGCUGCUGGAUGCCGAGUAUGGUGUGCUGCUCUGGCAGGUGGCGCCGCGACAGUACCAGAGCGUGCUCUUCCACCGCAGCGCCGCACACCUCUUCGACCUCAACCUGAAAAACUACGACCUCAGAACCGUCUUCAAAAAGGGAGACCAUCUCCGCUUUGAGGCCGAGAAGGCGGAGCCUUCGGAGCCUUACAAGUGGAAAGCGUACAGUGUUUGGCUGGAGGAGGCGUAAGUGCGACCGCGGGGACAUCUGUCGGCGAGCGGGUAAAGUGGUGGUUCCGUACCGGGGCUGUGGCGGCGCUGAGGUAGCGUGUUUCCCGUCAGUUGGCUCCGAAGUGCCGUUCGUGCUGUAAGGAUAUUGAUCUGGCUGUGCUGUGCUGUGGUGAGGGCGACGUACUUCAGUCAGCGUCGCCUUUAUCACAUAUUCUAGAGACCACGUAUGUAGUUCAGGCUGAUCCCGACAGGUGACCCCAUACAAAGUUCGCGGGAAACUGCCUAUGUACUAUGUAGUUAGUUCAGUCCGUUUUUCGUUUCGUGCACCGCCUGGAUGCUGUGCUCCGUUGGGUCGUUUCAUUAAUGUGAGCUGGAGCGGAGCUGCUCCUCUAAACGUACAGCGGCACAAGAUUUAAGUUAUCCGCUACUUAGCUUUCCAAGAAGGGCAUUGCAGAUGUUUUCUUUCCCAGUUCGUACCCCAGAUAUGGUUAGAUGUAUGAGCCGGAUGGUGACAGCUGGUAGGGUCCACUUCAUUGCAUAUCCCUCUCUCAGUCUCACUAUGCUUCCUUUGCCUUAUCGAUCAUAUCAUUGAAAUGAUUUUUGUCGGCGGUGUGAAAUAUAGCCAAGCUGCAACAUUGUUAUU